AUGGAUGAGCUUCUGUUACCCAGGGGUGAAGAGGAAGUGCGCUCGGACCAGAGUUCUUGUGCUCCGGGAGACACAAAGAGGACAAUGGGGGAGCGGAUCAAGUCCUUCUUCGUGGAUUCGGUGAAGGGAGAGCUGGUGAGGAACGUGAGGGAUUUCUGCAAGAGGAAUGGGCUGCUGACGCUGUCUGUGGUGGCGGUGAUUACCGGCUGCACGCUGGGCUUCAUGCUGAGAGGAACCCAGCUGUCCUCACAGGCCAAAAUCUACUUCUCAUUUCCUGGAGAGCUGCUGAUGAGGAUGCUGAAGAUGCUCAUCCUUCCUCUCAUCACAUCCAGUUUGAUGUCGGGGUUGUCGUCCAUGGAGUCUAAGGCUUGCUGCAGGAUGGGCGUCCUCACCGUCACCUACUACCUGUGGACCACCUUCAUCGCCGUGGUGGUUGGCAUUGUACUUGUCAUCAUCAUCAAGCCUGGCGUGGGGACAGAGAUGGACAGCAACCGGCUGGGCGGCGGCCCUGUAAUGACCUCAGCCGACGCCCUGCUUGACCUGAUCAGAAACAUGGUUCCCUCUAACCUGAUUGAAGCCACAUUCCAGCAGUACAAAACCGACCUGAUCCCCAUCCUCAAAGUCCCGACCAGAACCAUCACACCCAACUUUGUCUACGUUAUCCCUGAUGACAGCGACCCCAAUGGGCGCACAGUGUACCUGGAGCUGACUCCGCCCCCGGAGGUCAUGUACAAGACGAGUCCUGGCAGCAGUCAGCAGAUGAACGUGCUCGGCAUUGUCAUCUUCUCUGCCACCAUGGGUCUGCUGCUGGGCAGGAUGGGUGAGCGUGGAGCCCCUCUGGUCAACGUGUGUCAGUGCAUCAAUGAGUGCGUGAUGAAGAUCAUUAACGCUGCUGUGUGGUACUUCCCUUUUGGGAUUAUCUUCUUGGUAGCAGGGAAGAUCCUGGACAUGCAGGACCCGAGCACCCUUGGGAGGAAGUUGGGCUGGUACGGCAUCACCGUGCUGGCCGGCCUCUUCGUGCAUGGCCUCAUCCUCCUUCCUCUGUUCUACUUCAUCCUCACCAGGAAGAACCCGUUCAGCUACAUCCGCGGGCUGCUGCAGGCCAUGGUGAUCGCUCUGGCCACUUCUUCCAGCUCUGCCACACUUCCCAUCACCAUGAAGUGUCUGUUGGAAAACUGCCAUGUUGACCGGCAGAUCGCUCGCUUUGUUCUUCCCGUCGGAGCAACAAUCAACAUGGAUGGAACAGCUCUGUAUGAGGCUGUGGCGGCCAUCUUCAUCGCUCAGGUCAAUGACUAUGAACUGGACUUUGGGCAGCUGGUCACCAUCAGCAUCACAGCUACAGCAGCUAGCAUUGGUGCUGCUGGGAUCCCCCAGGCCGGCCUGGUUACUAUGGUGAUUGUGCUCACCUCAGUGGGUCUGCCACCCGAUGACAUCACUCUUAUAGUGGCCAUCGACUGGAUCCUGGACAGAUUUCGCACCAUGAUCAAUGUCCUUGGAGACGCUCUGGCAGCAGGAAUCAUUGGACAUCUUUGCCGCAAGGACUUUCCUCUGAGUGGGACAGGAAAGGCGAUGCCGUCGUACGGGACACAAAAUCCCCACAACAACUCCCACAGUAUGGACGUGCCUUUGACAGAGAUCCACACGCACAAAGACUGCAUGUUUGAGAUGACAGGAGACUCCAUUGGCCAGGGGCACGCACACACCGUCUAUUACAACAUCUGUCAGGUGUAAAGGCCUGGAGACUCAGCAAAGCCUGGCAGAGUUCUGCCAGACUCACCGUGCCAACAGAACUCGACUCCUUUGAGUCAAGAACCGUGGUUCUGCCAGGUCUCUGGGGCUCAGAGGUGGAAGCAGACUGGGAUGUCAGAGGAUUAUCUGAUGACCCGAAAGUGAUACAAAAUCCUGCAGGAACAGGAUGUCGCUAACUUGAACUAAAGGAGAAUGGCCGUGUUCUUCACCUGCUUCACCACCUUAACACACUGAAAGAAAGUCUGCCACACACUACGCCAUCUACUGGUACAAAAAAGAGAGGGAUUGAGGAAUGGAGGAACUGUCAUUCAUUCAACCUCCCAAACAGUCUGUAUAGUUUAUGAUGGCGUCCAUCCAGCCUCUUUCUUCCUCCACAGAAAAGAACCCGACUUCUCACCUGCCUCUCAGAGUCUGGUUUAAACUCUGUCCUGAAAAGAUAAAGGUGAAGAAAGAGUCA